GAGAUCCCUAAACAAAUGGCCAAGAGACUACUUGUAACCUAUGUUCUUUGGGCAAUAGGGGGUCCAGCUGGGCUCCAUCAUUUGUACUUGAGACGUGAUAGCCAUGCCUUGUUAUGGAUGCUUACCUUGGGAGGUGGUGGGUUGGGUUGGCUCUUGGAGUUCUGGAAGCUUCCCAGCUUUGUGGCACAAGCCAAUCAAGUCCGAGGGGGAAAAAAAAGCCAUGCAGAACUGAAACCCAGCCUAAGUCCAUUGCGCUUUGUGGCCCAGAUCCUAGUAGGCAUUUAUUUUGGUUUUAUGGCCCUGAUUGGCCUCUCUUUCAUGACCAGCUUCUAUAUCGUGGGUCUACCAUUAGCUGUUGGUUUAGGGGUAUUAUUAGUUGCCACUGUGGGCAACCAGACUUCAGACAUUAAGAGUACUUUAGGGGCAGCAUUUUUGACUUCUCCUCUUUUCUAUGGACGCCCCAUAGCCAUUCUACCCAUCAGCCUGAUUGCCAGCAUCAUAGCACAAAGACAUCGUCGCUACAAGGCCCCUUUGAGGACUGAGACUCUCACUCUUCGCCUCUACCGCCUGGGACUUGCUUAUCUGGCUUUCACUGGCCCCGUAGCCUACAGCACCUUCUGCAACAUGGCUGACACUAUCCAGCGUGGAACAGAGACCCUUGGCUCCUUCUUGUACUGGUUUACCCUCUUCCCAGUCUUCAGCCGUAUCAUGGAGUCAAUCCUUAUCCUACCUUACCGGAUCUGGCUUCUGGUGGGGAAUCCUAAUUUUGGCAGCUUCUCUUUCCAGGAGUGGGAGAAAGUAUUUGAGUUUGUCAGAAGCUUUCAGAAUGAGAAACAGCAGCUAGCUUACCAGGUUUUGGGCCUUAGCGAUGGGGCAACAUCUGAUGAAAUCAACAGGAGCUAUCGGGAAUUAGUGAAAAUCUGGCACCCAGAUCACAACCAGCACCAGGCGGAGGAAGCUGAGAGGCAUUUCUUAGAGAUCCAGGCUGCUUAUGAAAUCCUCAGUAAGUCUAGGAAGUCCAGAGACUCAUGACAAUCUGGAAAAGGGAAGCAAUGAAGUAUCAAGAAGACUGUCCUUUGCCAUGACCUUUUCCGGGAAAAAUCUCUCUUAGGUUUGUUCACUGAGUUUCUCCCGAAA